AUGAUUUUGUUUAUACUGUUGACAUUCAACAAGAAGCGAACACCCCCAGGCUUCCUUAACUUUUAGAUAUUUAUUGGUCUGAUUUUACAAAAUCAAAUAUUUCAAUUAACAAUGGCUUAAACUGAAAUCAGCAGGUCCUUUUUCUCUCCUAUUAGUUCAGAUGAUAAUUGGAAAACUUAUUUGGCUGAAUCCUCACCUUAUAUAACAGAUUGUGGAAGUUCAUAUAUUUUUGGUGGACUUUCUGUCUUUACUUACUACACAACAAUCACAAAGACCUUUAUUCUUCCUCCUCACUAUAAAUUGAAGCUCGAAUUCAAAUUCUGGAGAUUGACUUCUUGGUUUGGUUCACCUUACAUAUUUUACAUCGAUGGCUCCAAAUCACAUGAUGACAAUCCAAACACUUCGACAGGCACUUAAAUUUGCGGUGUUGGGACUCAAGGAUAGGUUUAUUAAAUUAGUAAAGAGAUUGCCCAUAAUGGAAACAGUGCAAUUGCAACAUUAAUUUCUCAGUAAACAGGUUCGUAUUGGGGAAUUUCUGAUUUCAUCUUAUAUGUGUAGAAAUGUCCUAAGGGAUGUGAUUACUGUGAUAUUACCGGAAACUGUUUAAAUUGGAACAGAGUGCUGGCAUUUUUUAAUUAAAUUCUUGUUACUGGGGGAUAAGGAUGGGAAAGAGAUUAUUUUCUCUAUGAUGGAACUGCCGAAUGUGGAAGUUUUCAAUUUUAUGGGCCUUUUUAAAUGAGUGAAAAGAUUUCAAUUGAUUUAAAUUUACCUGAUCCACACACAAAGUAUAGAAUUUAAUUUAAAUUUUUGUGCACAUAUGUAACUGGAGGUAUCACUAUAAGAGUAGAAGGUAAUGGGGUAUAACUUACAAACUUCGCAUAUCCUCUGAAUAUCAUUACUACUACUAAUAUCAUUUGUGGUUCAUAUUUAAAAUUAGAUAAAAUUGAUUUAGGAGAAUUUGCAAGCAGUGCUUCAAUUUUGACUAUUACUUUAGAAAUUUCAGCAUUUAGCACUGUGUCUAGUUCAACUCCCUUGUUUGGUAUUAGAGAUUUUGAAGUAUUUACGGAUGCAGAGAAAAAAUAAGUAUUAGAUGGUAGCAUCAUUUGCAGUGACAACAAUAUAUAUGCAUUUGAUGGGUGUUUUUCUUAUAUUUACGAUUGCAAUGAAGGUUGCAAUAAUUGUGUAAAGGGCCUUUGCAUUUAAUGUUUAUCUCCUUGGGUAUUAAAUACAAUUUCAGGAUAAUGUGUCCCAAAAUGUGGAGACUAAAUAGUUGUAUCUUCUGAGUAGUGCGAUGAUGGUAAUUAGCAACCUUAUGAUGGAUGUUAUGAAUGUUAGUUUUCUUGUCCUUUAAAUUGCAUGGUUUGCUAAUAUGGAAAAUGUUUGAUUUGCAACUAUUCAUAUCAAUUAAUUGAUAAUAAAUGCUAAUUUACUUGUGUAGAGGAUGAAAAAUUAAGUCAAUAUUAAGACAACAAUAAUGAAGGUCACUAUUGUUAAAUUUCCAAUUUUUUAAUUAAUCCUUAUUUACAACAUGUUAGAUUAAAUACUGAUAUUUAGUUUUAAUAUGAUAGUGAUUUAUGUAAAAUUAAUAGUUAUGGAAUUUUCGGUUAUUUAUAUGAUAUGUGCCCUUUUGAAAUACCUCGGAACUGCAAAAUUGGUUUUUUAAAUUAAUGUUAGAUUUGCUAAGAUGAGUAUGAUCUAUCUAAUAAUAAUUAUUGUAUUCCCAAAUGUGGUAAUGGAAUUAUUUAAGAAUAUGAAUAAUGCGAUGAUCUUAAUUUAGAAUAAUUUGAUGGAUGUUAUUAAUGCAAUAGCAGUUGUCAAUUAGAAUGUUUAGAAUGUUAUUAUUCUCAAUGUUUUGAAUGUAUUGAAGGAUGGGAUUUAAUUAAUUUUAAAUGUGUCUCUGAAUGUGGAGAUGGUAAAAUUGCAUUGCUCUCGGAUGAAUAGUGUGAUGACUAAAAUAAUAAAAGUAAUGAUGGAUGCUUUCAAUGUAAAUUUGAAUGUACACAAAAUUGCCUAUUUUGUAAUCAUAAUUUAGAUUGUAUAUUAUGUUAGAAGUAUUUUGAAAUAUAGAAUAAUAUUUGUGUUCCUAUUUGUGGAGAUGGAAUCACUAUUGAAGGAUUUGAAUAAUGCGAUGAUGGAAAUGAUAUUGAAUUUGAUGGUUGUUAUUAAUGCUAAUUCUCAUGUAAAUAAAAUUGUUAAACAUGUGAUCAAUACUAAUGUCUAGAUCUUAGAGAGAACUAAUGUUAAAAUGGAUAUUAAUUAAUUGAUGAUUAAUGUCAUUCAAUUUGUGGAGAUUUAAUUAUUGCAUCUGAUGAAUAAUGCGAUGAUGCUAAUGAAAUUCCAUUUGAUGGAUGUUAUUAAUGUAAAUACUCUUGUUCUUUUAAUUGUUUGGAUUGUAUGGAUGGAUAAUGUAUAAAAUGUGAUGAUGGAUAUGAAAUAAUUAAUAAUAUUUGUCUUGACAUUUGUGGAAAUGGUAUUAAAUCAGAAAAAGAAGAAUGUGAUGAUAAAAAUUUAAUUUCUUAAGAUGGAUGUUCUGAUGAAUGCAAAAUUGAAAUUAAUUGGACAUGCUCACAAAUAGAUCUUGAAACUAGCAUAUGUCUUUUAAUGAAGCCUCCUCAUUUCAACUUAUUAUUGAUUAAUCAAACAUAUGAAUCUUUCUUUAUAUAAAUGUAGAUUACAAGUUAAGUCAAAUUACUAGAUUCCUAUUCAAACUUAACCUAAAGUUUACAACUCUCUUUAAUUGAUAUAGAUCCCACACAUUAUAUUAUUUAUGAGUAUGUUUUAGUGGAGCCAAAUGUCAUAUCAGUAUAGGAUAUAAAUUAUUUGUUUUAGAUUAAAUUUUUAAAAUAAGAAACUAUGGAAAUUUACUUUUAAGUUUCAUUCGACACAGAACUUAUAGAUUAAUAUGGGUUUUCAGUUGAAAAUUAAUAUUGUAAAUUACAUUUAAGAAAUCCGAUAGUAUUAAGCGAGAUAGAAAGAACAGUAUCUCAUAAAAUGAGCUCAUUAAAUAUGUAUAUGCUCAUUGGGCUUGGUGUAUCUAGCUUUAUUAUUUUAUUGUCUGGAAAUCCUGUUGAAUGCUUUGAAGUUUUGGAUACCUUAUAGUAUUAAUCUAAUCUAAAAUAUAUAAAUUCCAAUUACCCAGAAAACGUCAUGAUUUAUUUUGAAUCUUCUGAAGUAGUAACAAUAGUUCCAGUUUUGGAAAAGCUAUAAUUUCUUGAUUUAUUUAAUGUUGUGAUUGGAUAGGAGAAAAUCUAAGCAUUUGAAAAAUUUCUAUUUUAUGAUGUCAAUGCAGAAUUAAUCAGUAAUUUAUCAGGAUUGAUUGCCUAAAUAGUGAUAGUAGUAUUAUUGCUUAUAGCAUCCAAAAUAUAUUUCUGGAUCUUCAUUAAAAAGUGCUAUAAUCAAUUCAGGAUUUUCAUUUACAACAGCAAUAAAUUGUAAUUUACCAAAUAGAUAGCCUUAAUAAUACAUAAACUUAAUCAAUUAAGUAUUCGAAUAAAUUAACUAAUAUCUUUAAAUGGAAUUGUGUAUAUUAUCUAAGCCAAUAGUUGGGAUCUAAUUUUUAAGACUUUGUUGUAUCUCUACUCUUAAAAGGAAAACACUUUUAGAAAUUAAUUCUAAAAUAUACUUGCAUGCUCUUUUUUAAUUUGCAUUUUAGUAUUGCUCUCUUCUAUUUUUUCAAUAAAGGAUUCUUAAAUGGGAUUAAAGAAAAGAAAAAGUAUUCUCCAUGAAGGAUUGAUAGUUGCUAAAAAGUUUUUUUUUCUUUUAGUUUUAAUUGGAUUUCAAAAAAGUUCCUUAACACAGUCUGUUUUGCUGUCAUUGAUAAAUACUUUCUACAUAACAAUUAUUAUCCUUGGAUAAAUUGUCUCUGAAAACAUUGAUUUAAUUUUGAUUCUUAUGUUUGAAGUGCCAGUUAUAUUGUUUACUUUGCUUAAUAUUGCUUAUGAACAAUCUUAUGCAAAUUUCUUAAGCUAUGAAUCCCAAAUUGUGAUUGGAUUUGGGUAGAUAGGUCUUCUAUCUUUUGGUAUAUUAGCGCCAUUAAUAAAAUAUGUGCAUCAAAUCAAAAUUAAAUUACAUAAACAAAUUUAAAAGUGGAUUCAAUAAAAAGAAAAGGAAAAAUAACCCCCUACCUCUCUUUUUUUAUGA